AUUUCCGAUCUCCGCAGAGUGCUUAGCAUUCAGUUGGGUGGUUGCAAGGAACUGAUCUCAGGCAUGGAGAAUGACAAGGAGCUAGAACAAAUAGAUGUACAGGAGUCUGAAAAAUCCAUGCCGUCAUCUGAAGAGGAGGAUGCAGCUAUAAGGAAAAAAUAUGGUGGGAUUAAGCCUAAGAAACCACCACUCAUUUCUAAGGACCACGAACGUGCAUACUUUGACUCUGCUGAUUGGGCACUUGGAAAGCAAGGUGUUGAGAAGCCCAAAGGACCACUUGAAGCCCUCCGGCCCAAAUUGCAGCCCACACAACAACAAACACGAUACAGGAAGUCUCCUUGUGCCCCAUCUGAUGGUGAAGUUGGAGGGAGUGCUCAACCGGAGGAUGAAACCACCAACGAAUGAGAAACUGCUGCCAAUCUUCUAAACUUGUGAGGACUAUUGAUAGUUAUUCUAAUACCUCGACAGGUAAUGAGUAAUUUUCAAUUGUUCCCAUGAAUAAAGCUUGUUAAAGAUGCUUUGAUCUUAGUCAAGAUUUACAAGUUACAACAUUAAUGCAGUCGACUAUAUUAUGGGAACUGAACUGUAUGUUGUUCCAAUGUUUUUCCUGAUGUGGAACAUACAAGUAAAUCACUUAUAAAAUGAUUUUUCGCUCUA